AUGGCUCGUACGUCUCUGCGCAAAAGGCAGGCAGUUAGCUACAACGAGGACCCUGACGACCACGAGAUGCCCCAGGUGACCAAGGCUGUAGCGGCUGCGACUAAGGUCGUUCAGAAAACUAAGGGUGCAGUUACAAAGACCGCAACUGCAAAGGCUGCAUCUGUAAAGACAGUAACGAAGCGGAAAGCCUCGCCCGAACCUGAGAUAGCCUCCCCAGCUCCAGCGGCAAAGACGACCAAGAAGCGCAAAACAAAGGCAAAGGACGAAGAUGCGAAACCCUUGGCAGAUAGAACGGACGUGUCGUCACUUCAACCUACCAUGAACAUUGGCGCUCACGUCAGUGCUGCAGGAGGAGUACAGAAUUCCGUCACAAACGCUGUCCACAUCGGCGCAAACGCUUUUGCACUUUUCCUCAAGUCACAAAGAAAAUGGACGAACCCGCCUCUUGACCAUGAGGCCAAGAAUCAAUUCAUCUCAAUGUGCAAAGAACACAGUUAUAGCGCAGGCGAACAUGCCCUUCCCCACGGCUCAUAUCUCGUCAAUCUAGCGCAGGCUGAUGAGGAGAAGGCGGACCAAGCAUAUAAGUCCUUUCUGGAUGACCUAGAACGUUGCGAGCAGCUGGGGAUUCGCCUGUACAACUUUCAUCCUGGAUCGACCGGCGGAGAUGCUCGGCCAGCAGCCAUUGCACGUAUUGCCGCGCAGCUUAACAAGUCGCACAGGGCUACCAAGACGGUGAUUACAGUCCUGGAAAACAUGGCAGGCAGUGGAAAUGUCAUUGGAUCAACCUGGGAGGAUUUGAGGGACAUCAUUGCCCUGGUUGAGGAUAAAUCUAGAGUUGGUGUUUGCAUUGACACCUGCCAUGCCUUUGCAGCCGGAUAUGACCUAAGAACACCAGAGGCAUUCAUGAACGACAGCAAAGCUCCCUUCAAUUCCAAUAGAGAUCUCCACGCCAACAUCGGCACGGGCUUUCUCGGCCUCCGCGCCUUUCACUGCAUCAUGAACCAUGCCCCUUUCGCGGGUAUGCCUAUGGUACUCGAGACGCCCAUUGAUCGGCUGGGUGCUGACGGCAAAUCUGUCGAGGACAAGAAGGUCUGGGCUAACGAGAUCAAGCUCUUGGAGCGACUUGUGGGCAUGGAUGCGGAGACUGAGGAGUUCAAGGACCUCGAAAUAGAGUUGCAGGCCCAGGGAGAGUCAGAAAGGAACAAGAUACAGGAUCAGGUUGAUCGUAAAAUGGCCAAGGAUGCCAAGAAGGGGACCAAGAAGGCAGGGAAGCGGAAGAAGAAGGAUGAUUCUGAUGACGAGAGCGAGUAG